AUGGGGCUGGCUGCCGUUCCUGGUGAGACGAUAGGGUCUGUGACAGAGAAUCAGUCAAGGGACACCAACGGCAAAUGCCUCCUGGCUGAGGUGUUCGCUGAUCACAGGAUAUUUAACUUCCAGAUUGCCAAACAGGGAACAGUCAGGGGAUUUUUAUUUUUUUUCCUCUUCUUCCUGUUAUCCCUGCCUUUCAUCUUUGUUAACACGGCUCUGUCCUUAUUUUAUUUUAUUUUUUUUUUUUACUUUAGGUCGGUUAACAUUGCAGCCUUUGGGAACGAAAGAGACGGCUUUUCUGAGGACAGUCAGCAGCCGAGCCUGAUCUGGGGCUAUCUCGGGAGGAGCGCUCUGAUUUCCCAGAUCGACAGCAGCUUGUCUGCCGGUCAUGCUGGAAACCCGGCUUUUACCCAGUAUCAAGCCUGCGUGUUCGGAAACGUCAGACUGGUGGUACACGACUGCCCUGUCUGGGACAUAUUUGACAGUGACUGGUACACCUCUCGCAGUCUCAUUGGAGGAGCUGAUAUUAUUGUGAUUAAAUACUCUGUCAAUGACAAGAAUUCAUUUCAAGAACUAAAGGACCGUUAUAUCCCAAUGAUAAAAAAAGCAUUAAACAACUCUUCAGUUCCAGUAAUAGUUUCUGCUAUUGGUGCAAGAAAAAACGGAUUGCCUUGCACCUGCCCGCUGUGCACUUCAGACAGGAGGAGCUGUGUCACCACCUCCGAGGGAGCGCAGCUGGCCAAGGAACUCGCAGCUACUUACCUCGAACUGCACACUCUUAAUGACUUCUACAUACAGAAGUACUUUGGAGGAGUGCUGGAAUAUUUUAUGAUCCAAAGUUUGAAUCAGAAGUCAUCUGAAAAAAUGAAGAAAAAGAAGACGCAGAAGGGCCGUCGAGUUCAACCACCUCAGCUUGAACAGCCAGAAAAAAUGCCGAUCUUAAAGGGCGAAGCCUCGCACUACAACGCGGACCUGCACAACCUGCUUUGCUGCUGCCAGUGCGCGGACGUGGUGUUCUACCCUGAGGACCUCAGCAUGAUGGUGGAGGCUCACAAGGUCAUCCUCUGCUCCGUCAGCCAGCUCUUCAUGCUGCUUUUCGAGGUGAAGAGCCCCGCCGACAUCCUCGACGCCUCCAUCGUGCAGAUGGCGCGGAGCCUCUUCGCAGUGGAGCCGGGGACCGCCCUCGCCCCGGCCCCCCACGGCGCCCCACCGGUGAGGGUGGUGGUGAAGGACUCCAUCUUCUGCUCUUGCCUGCCAGACAUCCUCCACUUCAUCUAUUCAGGUGCUUUCCAUUGGGAACAAUUAGAAGAGGAUAUAAGAAAGAAAGUGAAGGAUCCAGAGGAAACAGAGCAUGUGCUUGAAAAAGUUAAAUGUAUCCUGAAAACUCCAGGGAAGCUAAACACUGUAAAGGACUGCAGAUCUCACCAGAUGAAACGGCUGCAUAAUACUUCUCUCAGGCUGUUCUUUAAUACGCCUGUCCUGGCUGAUGUCAUCUUCAAAAUACAAGGUGCAACUGUACCAGCCCACAGAGCAGUUCUGGUAGCUCGCUGUGAGGUAAUGGCAGCUAUGUUUAAUGGUAAUUAUCUAGAAGCAAAUAAUAUUCUGGUUCCAGUGUAUGGGGUUUCCAAAGACACUUUCCUGUCCUUUCUAGAGUAUCUCUAUACCGACUCCUGCUGCCCAGCCAGUAUUCUCCAAGCUAUGUCUCUCUUGAUCUGUGCAGAGAUGUACCAAGUAAUGAGACUCCAGCAUAUUUGUGAGCUUUACAUUAUCACGCAGCUUCAGAGCAUGCCCAGCAGGGAACUGGCAUCCACGAGUCUCAGCAUUGUUAGCUUGCUCAAAAAAGCUAAGUUCCACAAUUCUGACUGCCUUUCAACUUGGCUCCUUCACUUUAUUGCUACUAACUACCUCAUCUUCAGUCAGAAGCCGGAAUUUCAAGAUCUUUCAGUGGAGGAGCGCCAUUUUGUAGAGAUGCACAGAUGGCCUUCCAGUCUGUACCUGAAGCAGCUUGCUGACUACAGGAACUAUGUCCACUCCCAGAAAUGCCAUUGCACGGUGAUGUAGAGAAGCCUGAGCAUGCGCAGAGCGCACCUCGACUGGGAGACCUCUGCCUGGGAAUUAUACAGAGUGUAAAAAUCAUGUCAAGAGGAAAACCGGAUACCGUCUCCCGGGAACACCCUAUGCCAUGCUGUAGCGCACUUACUAAUGUUCCUUGCUUUGAUAAUAAACCAUGCUACUUUUUUCCUUCAAGCACUGAGAAAUGUAUCACCAAGAUUUCGUUCAAGCACAAGGAUUUCACACCCGUGGGGAUGCAAUGUAGUGGGGGACGGAGUCAUGACGGUCAUCUGAUCCCCCUCCUACUUCCUUUAUUGGUUAUUUUAUGGGUUUUCAGGGUGAUCCUUGGCUGCUAAAACAGCUCCUCUUGGAGACCUGUGCUCAGCAGGGGCACAGCAGCAGUGCAGGGAAGCCGAGAAGCCCACCCCUCAGUUCCUUAAGUAUGCCAAAGCAUGCAAAAAUUGACACCAGCCUCUGUCGGUUUGCAAAAUAAAGGGCAGGCUUAACAAGCAUCUUAGUUACUACUCAUUUUCUACUUCGAGCCACACCUGCAGUUCCUUUUACCGAGACUCUUACGGUCAUACGAGUGGAUGUUUUAACCCUGGGAAUGCCUCAGCAUCCCUAUAUACUCUAGUCCCUCUCAAAUCCCUAGAAAAUGAAAUCAUUUUUCUUCCGAGUACGUAGCAGAAGAAGGUCUGUUUUGAUGGUCUCUAGAGCACCGUUGUUACUCUGGUCAUGCUGCGUUUUUCACCCCAAAGGAAACAAGUCAGGAAGAGCCGAGCCCGCUCAGAGCGUAUCCGUACGGUGCUGGUCCCGGGCUGGGGGGGAAGGGCAGGGGGUCGACAGCCAGUUGUAGGGUUUGUGGGAGACACUUUGCUGGCACGAGCGACUCGUUUGGGCCGAGUGGGUCUGGUAAUCCUCGGUCCCCACGGGCAGCAUAAGUGUCUGACGUGGCGGCCAGGCGAGGAGGGAGGCGACCCUCACGGGUACGCCAGUCCUGCGAGGAGUCGGCCCUUGUGGCGGGACUUUGAGCCCGACCCUCCCCAGCAGGGACUCGGUUUAAACGCAGCUCUCCUCCCGUGCUCACAGCUAACACCGUCUGAUGCAAACCUGAUCAGAUCUGCCGGCUGUAAGGAUUCUCUCUCAGAUAGGACAGAUAAAUCCUGAGUAUUAUGACUGGGGCGACCCUUGCAGACGCUGUUGAGACCUCUCUUCCCCCAAAUCAUUCUUCUGUCGUGCCACUAACUUAGAAGUGUGUGGUAGUGACAAAAUGAACCCAGCCUUUACAUUAGGCUGCUCAUCCGAGCAUAGGUGCUUUCCUGUAAGUGGAAUCUUGUCAAGGAAGGGAACUCUUCACUGUCAUUCUUGUACAUUUAAUUCUGCUUUGCCUGACGCUUUCAAUUCUGGUAUGUAGUCUGAGCCCAGAAAGACAAAGAGAAGACACUGAAAAAAGUUAAGUCAUGUUUCCACCAUGUCCACAGCAGACCCAUCUCAAAAGUACCUGGGAACUGCAGCGCGAGAUGACGAUGGAACAGCAGGUUGCUGGAGGCAAAUCCUCUUUCUGCUUAUACGAAUUGUUUUUUACAUUUCCACAUGUUUUUAUAGGUCAUUGCUCUUUUCAAAUUCCACACCAGCGUUGAGUGAUUUUUUUUUUUUCUGUUGAUAUUUUGCAGCAGUCGAGAGAGGGUACUUCCCGUCAUGGUUUUGGACACACACACAAAAAAAAGGUCUUGUGACUCAGCUGGCUGCUGCAGCCUCCAAAUUCUGAGGUUAUCUUUAUGUAAAAAUGAUAAAUCUUUUUUAUUUUUGACUUUUCUUCCGGAGAUCCUAACGUCCUUUAAAAGAUGAGAUGUACUUAUAUAUGUCUUGCAUAUAAGGAGUCUGAAAUACAGAGCAGUACAUUGCUUUUUCAAGAUGAAUAAAGAAAACUGAAAACAUUGCAGCAAGAAAUGAGUAGGGAAGUUACACGUAUUGAACUUAAGUGUGAAUAAAGGUCAUUUCCUAUCAUUAUAGUAGAAAUCAAAAACUUAAAGCACAUGUUAACUGGAUAGAUAUGAAUAAAACUUUUUUUUAAGCAUAAAGCCAUAAACAAAAAUGACCGUACAGCUGAGCUACAUCUUGCCUGGACACCUGACUGCAUGCUCAGUCACAGCAUGGGCUUCUACCAGCGGCCUCCUCAGUUAACAAAAUUAUGGUUUCUAUGCCGAAUACUGACUUCUUGUACAAAACUGUUACUAAAGUUGUCUGAAUGUUUGUCUGCCUUUACUUGUAGCCCUAAAUUUUUAAUAUUUUGCAAGCUUUCCCAGUUUUUUUGCUAGAAGUCAGUUGCCAAUAAUUUAAGUACAGAUAACAAACAACAAAAUACUAUUUUUAACAUUCUGAAAAUGUUUUAUAGACAUUUAAAAAUAGGCUUAAUGGAAAUAAAAACACUUUCUGUCCAACCAAGAAAAAUAUUUUGCUAUUAUGUCUUUUAGUCAGUGGCAACCACAGGUUUUAUACUGAGAAGCCAGGCAGUGAAAAAAAAUGUUUAUUAUUCAUUCACAGCUUAAUGCAUACUACUAUUAAAACAGCUUUCCGUGUUACAAAGUAUCUCCAUUAUGCUGCCUGUAUCAGGUGCAGAUGUACUGUCCUUGCAAACACAGAACAUCUGAUAAAUUUAAAUUCUUAGACUUAUAAAUUCUUAUUUUUAUUCUGUAUGAUGAUUUUCUGCAAAAAUGUGAUUAUCUUAAAGCUAUUUUUAAAACUGAUACUUUAGCAUUCGGAAAUGUGACUGAAAGUAGAUCAUGAUGCUGUCAGUAAUUUUUUUAGUGGAGGCUUUAAGACCAUACUCAUCAUGAACAGUCAGGAAUUAGGGCAGUACUGAGUUUGCUAAUUGUGAAUAACUUUGUAUGUUAAAAGUAAAAAUCUCCAUGGUAUUAAAAAAAUGUAAUUAUUUUUUUUCUGUGGUAUGAAGUAGAAAUGAGGAACCAGCUACAAAAAAGUGAUUUAGGCUAGUGGUUUUGAAAAAAGUAAAAUAUCUGAGAGGAAGGUUUCCACUGGUCCUAGCAUCUGCCCAACUUCCAGGGCACUGGCAACGUUGGGGUCAAGGAAGAAGGCUAUUGGCAAACUCAGGUGCCCCUAGCAGGUCUUAGAGGGUUUGGGAUUACAGUUUCAGACUUGGAUUUAAGUGGAGUUUUGACUCCUUCAAUAGAGCUCAAAAACCACUUUUAGAAGAUAUUUUUUGAAUAAUGGAUUGCACCAUAUAAUUCUUGCUGUACUGGUAUAUAUGUAUGCUUGUCCCAUAGAGACUAACAAAGAAAGCUUCCUGCACUAAUCAUGUUUUCCACAUGACAGUUAAAAUGUCUCUGCUAUUGUCCCUUAGUCCUUGUUGUAUUUGAUUUGAAAAAACACUGUUAGAAGAAAAGCUGUUUUGUUAGGCACAUGAUGAAACUCCUGUUUGUUUUUCUUUUAAUACACCCUGACUAAAUGUACUU